GAACGACCCCUGCUCUUCGGCCCUAUUUCAGCUUCCAUCUUGACAUCUUGGAGGAUCUUGGAACCAAGGUCUCUCGCUCGAAUAGGGCCCGAGUCAACUGCCCAAGACAAUUUGCGGAUAACGCAGCUGAAACUGAUGCUUUUUUUGUGUUCUUCCACACAUGUGACUGUUUUCACGAUACUUGGCAGAGGCAUGUGGGAAGCUACCAAGUAUUUGGCCGAUGGUUCUUUUAACCUCGGUGUUCGCGAGACAGCUACACACGAUGUUUGA